AUGCUAUUCCUCGUCUCGAAUAUCGGAGCGGAAAAUAGCACGAUCGAGCUUAAAACCGUUGCGAACGACCUGCGAGAACUUGGGGAUAUGGCAGCGGCGUUUGCCAGACAAGAUGGAGGCCCAAUGAUCAAGAUUGGGUAUGAGGGCCUUUCAUGGGCACUACGGAACACUUGGUCAUCCACAUGGGAGGUAGUCCGUGCAGCUAACCGGCCAAACGUGGGCCUGAUCGUUGAUUCAUUCAACUGGCUCGCAGUCGAGUUCGCCGACCCAUACAACAAAGAGGGCCACGGUCGAAUCUACCCCACACUGGAAGAAUCGUUAGACGUUCUCUGCUCAUCCAUCGCGUCUAUGGUGGCUUCAGUGCCCGCGGAGAAGAUAUUUCUGCUCCAAAUCGCAGACGCGGAGCUGAUAGACACCGCAACGUUAAACCUGACUCGAUACCAAAAUCCAGAUGCACCACAGCUACUACCUUGGUCGCGAAACUUCCGGCUGUUCCCCAUGGAGGAGGAGCGGGGAGCCUACAUGCCAGUUGAACUAAUUACGGCAGCUAUCCUCGCGGCCGGGUAUGAGGGCCCAUUGUCAAUGGAGGUAUUCAGCAGGUCGCUCGAGCGGCCAGAUGCAGAUGUCCCCAAGACACAUGCACAAAGGGCAUUCCGCAGUUUCGAGAUGAUUAUGCAAGCUGCGGAAUUGGUGCCAAAAUUUUGGGGAACAAUUGCCCCAGCCUGUGCAGAGAAGUGGGGAGCAAAGCUUCUUGCCCAAACACGGACAAAAUUUGCCGAUCGCCCUCUCACAAAUGGACAUGGGGAAACCAGAGCCAACGGCGUGGCGCAUUAG